AUGUCGCCUACUGACUUCGAAUAUUUGUUAACAAUCAUUGCGCCUAAAAUAUCAAGACAAGAGACUAUAAUGAGAUCUGCAAUUUCGCCGCAAGAUAGAGUGGCUCUAACACUAAGAUUUUUGGCAACAGGAGAUUCAUAUACAAGCCUUCAAUACACCUUCAGAAUUUCAAAACAGUCAAUGUCUUGUAUUGUACCAGAAGUUUGUGAAGCGAUUAUAGAAGCAUUGAAAGAAAACAUUAAGAUGCCAACAACAGAGUCAGAAUGGAUCCAGAUCUCAAACAGAUUUGAUGAAUUGUGUAAUUUUCCCCAUUGUGCUGGAGCCAUGGACGGUAAACAUGUCAUUCUUGAGGCAUAUACAUAG